CUGAAACGUAUUUUCAUCCCGUGACUCUGAUGUAAUUGGUAAAUUGGGAAAGCGCGUCUAAGAAAAUGUACCCGCGUUCGUUCAGUAGCUUUGUUAAGGUCAAAAUAUCAGCCGUCCGAUGAUUUGUCGCAGAAGAAAGCUUUAUCUAACUCGUGCGCGAACAGGAGGAUAACUGAUGAUGCUGAAUGUGGAGGUUAUGUCAUUUUUCAUAGUACUCACGUACUUGGGAAACUCUUUGGCGGACAACCAUGGAAACAAGUCAUCAUACGAACUAAAAAGGGAUGCUCUCUUGAGCCUGGACCACAUCACCUUCAGCAAUGAUUACGACCGAAGGAUACGCCCUCAUCUGCAUAAGGAAAUCCCCACCGCUGUGAAAGUCAAUUUGGCGAUCAACUCCUUCAGUGAAUUCAAUGCAGCAGCAAUGGAUUUCACCGUGAACCUUUACCUUCGACAGAUGUGGAAUGACCCUCGCCUUCAACUGAACACGAGCAAUCUCUCGGAUAAUGUUCACCGGUCCGGGAUCACGCUCUCUGAUAAAGCAAUAGGAGACGUGUGGGUGCCGGAUUUGUUCUUCUCGAACGAAAAGCAAUCCUGGAGGCAUGACAUCACCACCCCGAACAUAUUGCUGAGGGUCACAGAAGAGGGUAAUAUUCUCUAUUCUCAAAGGUCAGUGGUGUGGUCAGCGUGUGGUCAGUGUGAUUUUUGUUGGAUGUUAUUGUGA